ACUUUUCUUCUUUGGGGUAAUUAAAUUUGUCAUUUAGAAAAUGACUAUUCGAUAACAAGUUUUUUUUGGAUACGAUAAUAAAUGUUAACUUUUCGAACAUUGUUUUCUGUGUGUAAGAGAACUCUCCUUUACGCAACAACAUUUACUAUUCGGCAAACCACAAGAUCAAUAACAAGCAUGGGUGACAGUUGUAUAAAACAUUGUGUGAAUAAUGUUAUUAAAUCUGAUGGGGAUGAUCGACACUAUCGUGCUCUGGAGCUCGGCAAUGGAAUGAGAGUGUUCCUUGUCAGUGAUCCAGACACCGAAAAAUCUUCGGCUGCAAUGGAUGUUUACAUAGGUCACAUGAAGGAUCCUAGAGACAUUCCAGGCCUUGCACAUUUCUGUGAACAUAUGCUCUUUUUGGGCACACAAAAGUAUCCAUCUGAAAACGAGUAUUCAAAGUUCCUAAAUGAACACGCUGGUAGCUCAAAUGCCUUUACUUCAAAUGAACAUACAAACUACUACUUUGAUGUGGGUCCAGAAUAUCUAAGCAACACUCUAGACAGGUUUGCUCAGUUUUUCUUGGAGCCACUUUUCACUGAGUCAGCGACAGAGCGGGAGAUAAACGCAGUGAACUCAGAGAAUGACAAGAACCUCCAGAAUGACACCUGGCGUCUGUACCAGCUGGAGAAAUCCCUGGCUGACCCUAACCAUGACUACAGCAAGUUUGGAACUGGGAACAAGCAUACAUUGUGGACAAGAUCGAAGGAGCUAGGGUACAACAUCAGAGAUGAGCUCCUGAAGUUUCAUAGCCAGCACUACUCUGCAAACCUCAUGUCUCUAACUGUACUUGGGAAAGAGAGUCUAGAUGAUCUCUCCGCGAUGGUGGUGCCAUUGUUUUCUGCUGUGACCAACAAGAACCUGUCCGUGGCCGAGUGGCCCGAGCCUCCCUUUGGUGCUGACCAGAUGUGCACAGCCAGCUACGUGGUCCCUGUGAAAGACAUACGUAACAUGACCUUGAACUGGGCCAUACCUGACCUUCAUGAGCACUACAAGACUAACCCUGGGCACUAUCUGGGUCAUCUCAUUGGACACGAGGGCAAAGGAAGUCUGCUGUCAGAGUUGAAAGCAAGAGGCUGGGUGAACACCCUGGUAGGGGGCCAACAACAGGGAGCCAGGGGGUUCAUGUUCUUCAUGGUCAAUGUGGACCUCACUGCAGAAGGGCUAGAGCAUGUGGAUGACAUUAUCACCUUGACCUACCAGUACUUGAACAUGUUACGAAAGGAGGGACCAAAGAAGUGGAUCUUUCAAGAGUGUGCGGACCUUGGGGCCAUGCAGUUCCGGUUUAAGGACAAGGAGAGGCCACGCAACUACACAUCAGCUCUCUCUGGCAUUCUUAUGGAUUACCCAAUGGAAGAAGUCCUAUGUGCCCAAUAUCUGCAGUCGGAAUUCAAACCUGAUCUGAUAAACAUGGUCCUUGAUAAACUGUUACCAAGCAACAUGAGGGUAUCGGUAGUUGCCAAGAAGUUUGCUGGACAGACAGAGAAAACAGAGGCAUGGUAUGGUACAGACUACAAGCUAGAAAAGAUACCUGCAGACAAAAUAAAGACCUGGGAAAAUUGUGGGCUUCACGAAGCGCUGAGCCUACCAGAAGUUAAUGAAUUCAUACCGACCAACUUUGAUCUGGUGCCACAAGAAAUGGAGCAACCUGCUGCACCGAUGAUGGUGAAGAACACGGGGAUGGCAAGACUGUGGUACAAACAGGACAACAAGUUCAAGUUACCUAAAGCUUUUGCAAGCUUUGAAUUGACCAGCCCCCUGGCCUAUAUUGAUCCACUACAUGCCAACAUGGCUGUUAUGUUUGUUCACCUGUUCAAAGACGCUCUGAAUGAGUAUGCGUACAAUGCUGAGAUUGCUGGUCUCAAGUACGUGCUCAACAGUACUGCAUAUGGAAUGGCGCUGAGUGUGAGAGGCUACAGUGACAAGCUGGCGAUACUGUUAAGGAGGAUUAUUGAGAAGAUGGUGACCUUCGACAUUGACCCCAAGCGCUACGACAUCAUCAAGGAAGCUUACGGUCGCAGUCUGCGCAACUUCCAUGCAGAGCAGCCCCAUCAGCAUGCUGUCUACUUCACCUCGGUGGUCAUGUCAGAGCUGCUGUGGACCCAGGAGGAACUUCUAGACACGCUAGAAGAGGUGAGUUUGGAGAAACUGAAGGCCUUCCUACCUCAGCUGUUCUCCAAGAUGUACAUUGAGGGACUAGUGUAUGGAAACGUGACAAAACAGGGUAGCGUUGAAAUGUGUGAAAUGUUGGAGAAUAUUUUGAGAGAACGUCUGCACACCAAGGAACUUCUGCCAAGUCAGAGACGCAGACUGAGAGAGUUACAGCUGCCAGAUGGGUGCUAUUACUUGUACCAGCGUAUGAACAAUGUGCACAAGAGUUCCAGCAUAGAGAUCUACUAUCAGGUUGGGCAGCAGCAGACCACUAUCAACAUGCUGCUCGAGCUAUUCGUGCAGAUCAUCAGCGAGCCCUGCUUCAACAUCCUCCGCACCAAGGAACAGCUAGGUUACAUCGUGUUCAGCGGUAUUCGUCGACAGAGUGGGGUGCAGGGACUACGUGUGAUCGUUCAGUCGGACAGGACACCCCAGUACGUGGAGAGUCGAAUAGAAGCCUUCCUGGAAACAUUGCGGGAGACGCUAGGCACGAUGUCUGCUGAGGAGUUUCAGAAACAUGUGAUGGCCCUGGCAUUGAAGAGACAGGAGAAGCCCAAGAAGAUGUCAGUGCAGUGUAACCAGUACUGGUCCGAGAUCAUAGCACAGCAGUACAACUUUGACAGGGAUGAUAUUGAAGUCACAUACCUCAAAACUGUCACCAAAGAAGAUUUAAUUAAAUUUUAUGAGGACAACAUAUCUCUUAGUGCACCCCGGAGACACAAACUUUCUGUGCACGUGCUCUCCAGUCUGGAGAGGGGGACGGGAGACGGGCCGUCAGAUGCAUUGGACGCAGCUGAUGGGACUAACAACCAAGAAGUUGCUACGACCGUACAGCCGGUGAUAGUGGAAGACCUGAGUGCGUUCAAGAGAGACAUGGCCCUGUACCCUCUGGCCAAGCCUUACAUAGACCUUCAGAAGGCGGUCUCCAAGUUAUGAUCUUAAUGAAUGCUUAGGCCUCAGUGCAUUGAUAAAAAAUUUCCCAUUUAAAUUGCCCUUCAAAAUUGAAACUUUGAUAUUCCGGUAUUCUAUUACCGGUGUAUAGUUUUGUUGGUUGUCAUCAUAGCGACCAGUUUUCCCCACAGUUCAAAACCACAUGAAAAUUAAAACCUAUUUUGAUGUAAAACAUAGAUACUGGUAUUGCAGCUAAGUUGUACAUUUGGGUUGGUUAUUUCAUUGCACACUAUAAAUUUUUAUGACCAUAACAAGUUUAUGGAAAUUAAAUGUAGAUAAAUUACCAGGGACGAAUCAAGACAAAUACAUGUAUGGGAAACUAUUACAUGUUUUUUCAAAGAGUUUAAUUCAGCAUGUUAACAAGACAUUAAACAGCUGUUAUGGCAAAUAUUCGUUUUGCUGAGUAAUGGAUUUGCUUUUUUAUGGGGGCUGUGGUGUUGCAAUUGGCCAGCAUUUAUGUAUGAAUUAUUAUUUUUAAGUAAGAGAUUAAAACUUUAAAUGGAAAACUAAAAAGGCGAUCACUUUUUAUCUACAAUGUUCCUGGAAGCUAACAUUGUUUUAUUUUUUUGAAGUAUGUGUUGCAUUUAUGUUCAGCACUGUGAACUUGUCAAAGCCUAAGUUAUCUAGUGCUCAUAAUAAGAAGUUUAUUAUGACUUUGCUCCUUCCUUUAGAUCAGACACCAUGCUGGCUGGGUGUUAAUGCCAUUGGCAUAAACUGAAGGCAUAUAGUGAUUCUUCUUUCUAACCCUUAGUCAGGGUGCAGAAUCAACAGGUUUUCAGGGGCUUACACACGGGCUGGACAGAAUGUAAACAUACCGUUAAGAACUUUGUUUUUCAAGUUAAUGACAUACAUUUGCAAAAAUCUUUAGUGCAUAAAAGAAAGUUUUUUUUGCAGAUUGUGCUGAUAUCUUAAGGUAUAAGAAUAAAUCCUUGAAUAUGUCUGAAAUCGGUGAUAAAAUUUUACGUUGCGUGAAGCAUAUAUACAUGAAUGGUAUAAAAAUAGAAUUUUAAACAACAACACAUGCUUAUAAGAGAAAGUACUUCUGAUGUAUUUCACAUUGCCAUGAGCAGCAUAAACAUUUGUCUUGUAUGCGCUAGUUGAAAUUCUUAAGAAUUUUUUUUUUUAAAGUUAUUUAUAAAAACACCAUUUUUCCAGUGUGUGUAGAUCCAUUAACGUUUAUUUGGGAACCCCAACAAAUCAUGUGAUCCUGCACCAUGUUAGUGUUUAUGAUAUUCUGACUUCAUUAUGACAUUGAACUUUUUUGGGGCUAAACUUUAUCUUGACUGACUAAUUUGAACGUUAAAAUUUUGAUAAAUCCAAAUAGUAUGAAAGAAUUACAUCAAUACUAUUAACUAAAAAGUUGAAUUUGAAAUUCGGCACUCUUCCAUCACAAUACAUCAUUUUUACCUUGACAUUGACAUAACUUUGGACUAAGUCGUAUUGAAAUGGGCCAAUACAUUACUCACAAGCUCUCUGAUGGGAGCAUCAGCGUUUAUCUUCUUUAGAUUCUUUGCUAUUGUGAUUUUUGUUUUCGAUAUUUUAAUAUUUCUGGUGUAAUAUUAUGAUCAUGUAAAGCUUAUUUGUUGUAAGGUUUUAUUUGAGUUGUGUUGAUAAUGAUAAGAAGAUAAAGUUAUGGAACAUUUUUUAAAUUAUAGAAUGUUAUCGGUAAUCUUAGAACUUUUUAUUUUAUACAUGUUUUGCUUAAAAUGUAUAAAUAAAUGUCAUAUGGAGA